AUCAUCAACCCACAGGUAGGAAAUGGAACGUGGAACUCAGGGGAAUUUGAGAGGUGGCGGGGCUGUACCUCGACCGGCUGCACGUCCAUGGUUUUUCGCCGCCGGCUCCCAGCCACCGUCUCCUCGUCCUCGUCCUCGUCCUCCUUCUCCUCAUCGCCGGGCUUAAGCUCGGCCGCGGUGAGGGCAAAAACGCUCUCCAAGCUACGACGGUUCCUUUUGCGGACCGACACCCGCCGGCGGAUGCGGGAACAACCUUCAUCCAUGGCAGGGGCUGGAGGCCCUGCCCGGAUGUCGUUCUGCGUGACCCAGCUGCCAAACCCCAGUGAAGGGGUGCACGCAGCAACAGGGGGAAGGUAGCAACAGGCGGAAACUGCGCUCGCCUUUCCAUCCACCUUUGGGAAGGAUCACAAACCAAUUGUCAGGGCUUUGGGACCGGAAGCGGAAGCACAGACGUAGGAGCCCGCCCUCUCUUCGUCCAAUCUUGCGGCGCGGCAAGAGGGAGAGGAGGCGAACGGGAAGGUACUGCGCAGGUGUAUAGAAAUCCCCACCUGCUCUUUCCUUGGAUUCCCAGCGCUCGCCUUCGGAACCUUUGAACCGAGUGCUUGGGCUAACAGGGGAAGCAUACCGGAAGUGGCUUGUCCAGACGAUUUGGAAAAAGGAAAGGAAGAGGAGGAGCAACGAACCAUGGCAGCUAUGGUAGCCCUUUGCAGUGGGCUAGGAAGGAGAGCGUUAAAGCACUUCGUAACGGCUGCUGUCUGCCUCACAGAUUCUGGGGCUCAUGCAGUGCUGUGGAGAAGUUGUUCACAAUAUAAACAGGUAACCAGCAAUGAGGACCUGCCUGUUCCAAUGGAAAAUCCUUAUAAGGAGCCUCUGAAAAAAUGUAUCUUGUGUGGAAAACGUGUAGAUUAUAAGAAUGUACAGGUCUUUGUGGGAAGAAACAAAAAGAAAUCACAAAAGCAAUUAAGAGAGCUCAAAUAAUGGGUAAGAGCAUCUGAAAAACUGAAUUAUGCUAACCAAAAUUUUGCUCAUUAUCUUUUGUGAAGAACUUUCAUUAUCUCUUUACAGGGUUUAUGCCAGUUACAUACAAGGAUCCUGCAUAUCUCAAAGACCCUAAAGUUUGUAACAUCAAAUACAGGGAAUAAAUUCUAUAAAGUUAUCAUCAAUAAA